GAAAGUACUGAAAGAAAUAUGGGUUUAUUUUUGCUAUUAAAUAUAGAUAUGGUGUUAUGAUGAUAAAUAUUGUAUAUAUUUAUAUUCUCCAUCUUAAUAUAUGAAAGUUUUGGGUAAAGAGGUAAAGAAAGUGCUCUUUGUGUGACUAAUCAGUAGGGAGUUUUGUGGGGGUUUUUUUUCACGGCGCGGCUCCAGUGACAGAAGCACGCGGCAGAGCCGGUACUACAGCAUGGAGAGGAAAGUGCUUGCACUCCAGGCGAGGAAGAAGAGGACCAAGCCGAAAAAGCCUGGUAAAAAACCUGAUCCCCACCCACGGGGAGCUGCCCAGCCUGACUCAGCUCUGCAGGAGCAAGAGGAGGAGAUCUUGGGCUCUGACGAUGAAGAGCAGGAAGAUCCCAAUGACUACUGCAAGGGUGGUUAUCACCAUGUGAAGAUUGGUGACCUAUUUAACGGCCGGUACCAUGUGAUCCGCAAACUGGGCUGGGGGCAUUUCUCCACUGUGUGGUUGGCAUGGGACAUCCAGGGAAAGCGCUUUGUGGCUAUGAAGGUAGUGAAGAGUGCAGAACAUUACACUGAAACAGCUCUGGAUGAGAUCAAGCUCCUGCGCGCGGUGCGAACAUCGGACCCAAACGACCCCAGCGGAGAGAAAGUAGUGCAGCUGCUGGACGACUUCAAGAUUUCAGGUGUCAAUGGCACUCAUGUGUGCAUGGUUUUUGAGGUCCUUGGUCACCACUUGCUCAAGUGGAUCAUCAAGUCUAACUACCAGGGUUUGCCCUUACCCUGUGUUAAAAGCAUCAUUAGGCAGGUUUUGCAGGGUCUGGACUAUCUGCACACAAAGUGCAAAAUCAUCCACACAGACAUAAAGCCAGAGAAUAUCUUAAUGACCGUCGAUGAGUCGUACAUCAGGAAGCUGGCGGCCGAGGCUACGGAGUGGCAGAAGUCUGGAGCUCCUCCACCAUCCGGCUCGGCAGUAAGCACAGCGCCAGCUCCGAAACAGAUGGUGAAAAUGUCUAAGAACAAGAAGAAGAAGCUGAAGAAGAAGCAGAAGCGGCAGGCCGAGCUGCUCGAGAAACGCAUCCUGGACAUCGAAGGACUAGAGAGAGCGAACGAAGGGGGCGAGGAUGAGGAGGACGAGGAAACAGAAACCCCUGACACAACUCCGUCAGUAACCAACAGUCAGACUCUGCAGGAAAUCACAGCCGAGGCCACCCUGGAUGCAGUUCCUGAACCCUGGUCGCAGCACAGAGAAUGUGCCAUGGAUGGAAACUUCAGCAGCCAGCACCCUGAGGAUGAGAAACCUGCCGAUGUGCAGCAGCAAGAGAAGGAGGAAACUCCCAUCAACCCUUACGGCAAUGUCACAGGAGAGGCGGAGUCCCAGCCCAUUAACCCCUACCCAGUGUGCAACGGGACCACACCCAGCGAGCCAAGCUGUCCUGAUGGUAAUGGACCUUUGCUUUGUGACGUGUUUGAGUCGCAGCAGAAACAGCAGACGCUGGAUACAAAGAAGCUGAACGCAUGUAAUGCGGUAAACGAUUGGGAGAUGGAGUCGAGACACAAGAAGGAGGCGGAACCCAGUUCACAGGCAGGCCCAGACAUGGAGGACGUUAAGCUUGCAGCAGGGAAUCUGUUGGUGAACCUGCUAGAUCCACUGAACACUGACAAGAUCCAGGUGAAAAUCGCUGACCUGGGCAACGCCUGCUGGGUGCACAAACACUUCACGGAUGAUAUUCAGACACGGCAGUAUCGUUCUCUGGAGGUGCUAAUCGGUUCAGGCUACAGCACACCAGCAGACAUCUGGAGCACAGCAUGCAUGGCGUUUGAGUUGGCGACAGGGGAUUACUUGUUUGAACCGCAUUCCGGAGAGGAUUACUCCAGAGAUGAAGAUCACAUUGCGCUGAUCAUUGAGCUGCUGGGCAAAGUUCCUCGCAAACUCAUCAUGAAUGGCAAAUAUUCAAAGGAGUUCUUCACUAAGAAAGGUGAGCUGAGGCACAUCACUAAGCUGAAGCCGUGGGGGCUUUUGGACGUCCUGGUGGAGAAGUACGAGUGGCCGAGGGAGGAGGCGCAGAGCUUCAGCAGCUUCCUCCUCCCCAUGCUGGAUCUGAUUCCCGAGAAAAGAGCUACAGCUGCCGAGUGCCUCCGCCACGCCUGGAUCUCAUCGUAGUAGCUGAAAGGAAAUGAAAAGAAAAAAAAAAAAACAACAAACACGUACACAGAUACUCACCUCUGAUAAAGACUAACAGUCUGGUCAAAUGGCACACAUCGGUUCAUGAUGGAACAUGAAGCGGUCCAAUCAAACAGAUGUAAUAUCUAUUUAUUUCUUGUAAUGUUCCUUUCUUAUGUACCGGGUGCAGUUUGAUGUAUCCUGUCGUUUUGACGCUUUUUUCCUCUCUUCUGUGUGCCGACAGCAUCUAACAUCAUGCUUGUGUUCGUAUGAAGGGUACAAUAGCAGUUUAACAAUACAGGUAAAAUUUUUCUGUACAUUUGCUUUAGUCGUAAUCAGUCUUUUUGACAGACAGACAUGCUUAUUUGGCAAUACUGAAGGAAGCACAGAUGUCCUGUCUCUGCUGUAAAAAGGUUGGUUGGUUGUUUUUUUUUUUUUGUUGUUCUUUGUGGAUGGUUUUCUCAUUACAGUGCAGGCUGCAGGAGACGUAUGAAUGAUUUAGGCUGACAGUGAUGGCCUGGCUGUAAAUGGACAUUUACUGUAUAAACAGAUGUGAAUUUUCAGCUUAAUGAUUUCCAGCUGUGCCUGCGUCACUUUGUCAUAUGUAACAAAAAAAAAAUAGAAAAAUGUUUAAAAAAACAAAACAAAACAAAAAAACAGCGCACAACUUGGGAUGUGUUGGACUGUCGGUGUGCAAAAAAGUUUCAUACGCGCAGUAGGAGAGAGGUGAACGUCUUCACCACAGAGCCGGUGGUGUCACGAAACCGUCUCGUGUUUUGUACAUACAUGUACCAAAGAGUUGGCGCUCUUCUUCACAGUGUCAGUAUUGUUGCAUUCAUGCAUUGCUUUGCUCAGUGGCUUGAUGGCAAUGUUUGAGUAACCAAUACGAAGAUGCCUUGAUAAACGCUUCUCUGGGGUUUGGGGAUUUUCCUACUGAUGUUGCUCGAAGCAGGAUCAGUGGUUUUUUUUUUUUAUGUGUAAAUGAACGUAGGGUAAUUUUAUUGUGAAGGACCUGGACCUCUGUUUGCUCUUUUGUAUUGAAAGACUUUCACCUUUGACCUUUUCCAGUUUCUACAAGCACGUCCUUUUCUCUCUUUUUCUCAGCCGCUCUGCUCUCGAUUGUUUGCCGCUUCAAUAAAACCCUUUCUGUAGUUGUUAUGAAUAAAGACUUGAAAGUCA